AUGGGUGACGUCUUGAGAAAAUUCGCUAUGGCGGCGUUAUGGUCAAGUCUACUAGCAUUUGUGGGUGCGCAGCAUACCGAAUCUCAAACGCGAGGCAGUUCGGGAUACGAGUAUAUUAACCCGCUUAUUGGGACAUCAAAUGGAGGCCAUGUGUUCCCCGGCGCAACGCUACCGUUUGGCAUGGCGAAAGCCGGACCAGAUAGCUUUGGGGAGAACCAGGGUGGUUUCGACUCCGGUAACACCAUGAUCUACGGCUUCUCCCAUAUGCACGACAGCGGCACAGGUGGUUCAGCCUCUCUCGGUAACUUCCCAAUCUUCGCCCAGUCUGGAUGUCCAAACGACGAUUUCAAGGCCUGUAAAUAUCCCUAUACUGAACGCGCGACCGAGCGCGUGCCAGGGAGUGAGCAUGCAAGACCGGGCUACUUCGAUAUAACACUGGUGGACAACAUCAGAACGGAAAUGACAGUCACGAACCAUACAGCGCUAUAUCGUUUCACUUUUCCAGAGAUUCCAACCACGCCGAAUACGACUUUACACCCACACAUCCUAGUAGAUUUGAGGGACUUGCCUAAUACGAUGAGUGAAGGCAAUAUCACCGUGGACGGGAAGACUGGACGCAUAACAGGAAACGGCAAAUACUCCCCAUCAUUUGGCAUCGGAACUUAUAAAUCAUACUUCUGUCUCGACUUUAAAGGCGCGGCGGUAAAGGACUCGGGUGUGUGGUCGAACUACCAAGCCACUAAGGCAAAAAAUCUGAGAAUUCCGCCCAUUAAACCGGUUAACAAAAAGAAGAAGAUAGAGCCACGGCCCGCGGGUGGAUGGGUACAGUUCGAGAAGCCUAUUCGGGGGAAUCAGAUUCUUGCUAGAGUGGGAAUAAGUUUGGUCAGUGAAGAACAGGCCUGCGCAAAUGCACAGCGAGAGAUCCCUAACGCAAACUUCGACACUCUCGUUGCGGCUGCUGAGACUGCCUGGCGUGCCAAGUUUGAUGUUACAACCAUAGAAGACGGCGGCGUCAGUGACGUCUUCCUGAAAGCAUUCUGGAGCGGGGUAUAUCGCGCGAUGAUUAGCCCUCAGGACUACACUGGCGAGAAUCCCUUCUGGAACUCCGGGGUGCCUUAUUAUGAUUCUUAUUAUUGUAUUUGGGAUAGUUUUAGGAGUAUCCAUCCGCUCAUUACACUGCUGGAUCCGCACAGCCAGACCCAGAUGGUGAGAAGUUUGUUGGAUAUCUACCAGCAUGAAGGAUGGUUGCCGGACUGUCGAAUGAGCCUUUGUAAAGGUAAUACACAGGGAGGCUCAAACGCAGACAUUGUUAUUGCGGACGCGUACGUCAAGAAUAUUCGAGACGGUAUCGACUGGAACUUGGCGUACGAGGCUGUGAUAAAGGAUGCCGAAGUAGAACCACCGAAUUGGGAUGUUGAAGGGCGUGGUGGUCUCAAGUCGUGGAAGACGCUAGGGUACAUUCCCACCGAGAAUGUCGACGUUGAAGGCAACGGCACCCAGACACGCUCCAUCUCUCGCACCGUCGAAUACGCCUACAACGACUUCGUCAUCGCAACACUAGCCCGCGAGCUCGGCCACACUACAGACUACCAGAAAUACCUCGAGCGCUCUGGAAACUGGAAGAACAUGUUUAAAUCCGAUCAACGAAGCAGCGUGAAUGGGGUGGACAGCGGAUUCGAAGGCUUCUUACAGCCUCGUUACAUGAAUGGCACGUGGGGUUAUCAAGAUCCCAUAUUCUGCUCGCCGUUGCUGGAUUUCACAGGUUGCUACCUGAAUCCGAGUGGCAAAGAAACAUAUGAAGGCCCAGUCUGGCUCUACACGUUCUUCGUACCUGGAGACAUGGCAACUCUGAUAACUACCCUCGGCGGCCGAGACCGUUUCAUUGCGCGGCUAAACUGGCUUCAUGAAUCCGGCGUUCUGUAUCUCGGUGACGAGCAGGCUUUCCUAAAGGUAUUCUUGUAUCAUUAUGUGGGUCGGCCAGCACUGUCUGCGGAACGCGCACAUCAGUACAUACCCUCCCUCUUCAACGACAGCGUUGGUGGAAUCCCAGGGAAUGAUGAUAGUGGUGCGAUGGGGUCAUUCGAAGCGUUUGUUAUGAUGGGACUCUUUCCGAAUGCGGGACAGGAUGUGUAUUUCAUCAUUCCGCCAUUUUUCAAGAGUAUUUCGAUCAAGAACGGACAAACGGGGAAGACGGCGACGAUCAGGAAUGUCAACUUUGAUCCGAGGCAUAGGAAUAUCUAUAUUCAGUCAGCGACGAUGAAUGGGGUGCCGUAUACUAGGAACUGGUUGCAGCAUAACUUCUUCCUGGAAGGGGGUGUGCUGGAGUUAACGCUGGGUCCACAGGAGAGUGCGUGGGGUACGAGGCCAGAGGAUGUGCCUCCUAGUUUAGGACCACCGGGAAAUAAGACGGUCCCGGGGAAAUUGAUGGGAGGCAGAGAGACGAAGUGGCAGAAGGCAAAGUUAGAUUGGGAUAUCUCUGAUAGUCAGAGACUAUAG